AAAGCGCAAUAUCAGUGAGAUGUUGCGAUGUGGAUAUGUAAUAUCUGACCCUUAUGCAACACCUGACCUAAAACUGAAGGUGACAAUGCCCUCAAUGAUUGGAUAAAUAUCCAAUUUUCAAGUUAUCAGAUGAAACAAAACUUGUCUCGCAUCAAAAAGUCUAUUUUCCCACUACAGAAGCCGGUCUCUAAAGAGUGUAACCUGAGCAGUGACUGAGGCGUUGGCCAUAGAGUGGCACUAAAGGGGGUUGAUACCACUUGGCAUGAUGCUGGACGACAGCCCUUAUUCAUUGUCAAAGGGGUUGCUAUUCACAAUGGAGAAAACGAUGAAAUGCUGCCAUUAUAAUGGGGACCAAAGGGCCCGACACCCGAUCUCCUCUUUGGCUCUGGCUUCCUUUUGUCCCAGUAUUUCAUAUCUGACAUAUCCACACACCCUAAAAAAGCACUUGAUGUCGGAGCAGCGAUGGACCUGAGGCUUGGUGUUUGCGUGCUCAGACAUGGGGAAUAAACAGACCAUCUUUACGGCACGGCAGCUAGAUGCCUAUCAGGACUGUACGUAUUUCACCAGAAAAGAAAUCCUCAGACUGUUUUACCGCUAUCGGGAUUUGGCACCGCAGCUCGUUCCUCUUGACUACACCAACCACCCAGAUGUGAAGUUACCAUAUGAGCUGAUUGGCAGCAUGCCAGAGCUGAAGGACAACCCGUUCCGUCAGAGGAUCGCUGAGGUUUUCUCGGAGGACGGAGAGGGAAACAUGACACUGGAUGACUUCUUGGACAUGUUCUCGGUCUUGAGUGAGAUGGCGCCUCGUGACCUCAAGGCGUACUACGCUUUCAAAAUUUAUGAUUUCAACAACGAUGAUUUCAUCUGUAAGUCGGACCUGGAGAAGACGCUGAACAAACUGACCCGUAACGAGCUGACGGAAGACGAGGUGGGGAUGGUGUGCGAGAAGGUGAUCGACGAAGCCGACCUGGACAACGACGGACGUCUGUCACUGGAGGACUUCCAGCACAUGAUUGUUCGAGCUCCAGACUUCCUCAGCACGUUCCACAUAAGGAUAUAAAGAACCGAAGCAGUCAUGUGCAUUUGAAUUGCACAUCAAGAUGGAUUUGUUACUGCACAAAUCUGGAAAGUGAAGGAAUCCUGACAUUUCAACCAAAAAAAAAAAACCCACAAAUCAUCUUGUGAAUGUUUAGAUUUUUGCUUUUUGUGAUUUAUUUUAUAUUAAAAAAAAAAAAAACAUUUAGAUCCGCAGAGAUCAGACUUUGACAUUCAGCAUCCUGAGUAAAUUUAUGACUAACUAUGAAUUGUCUUGUCUUUCAUGGGAGCAUUAAGCUUGGAUUUGUUUGACCUGCACUGACACACCGAGCCCACAUCCGAUUUUUCCCGUUUUAUUUACUGGAAAUGCUGUAAUAACAGCGGCCCGUGGUGUGUGACUGCAGAUCUGUCGUCAGGUGGUGGAAUCAACCAAUCCAUCAAGACAAGGCUCAUUAGUUAUGACCAUCAACAGUAGAUUUGUGUUUUGUAUCUAAAGGGGUUCAGUUACACCAGACUAUAAAAGAAACACAUGCCAGAAUAUUCCAGUGGGUCACAGCAGGCCGAUAAAAGGAGAGCCAUUUGUCAUGAAAGCAGUCAAGCUCUCAAUGCGGGGAGAACGGGGUCAACUGACGGUGUAGUUUCCCCUGACAGGCAGCCAACAAACACAGCGAGGGUGGAGUUUUAUAAUCUUAUUUUAUUAAAUCAAAAGUACACAUACCUACAAAUUGUAGAUACAUUUUCAUAUGGAUUUAGAAAGUACAGUACAAUUUAAGUAGAUCUCUUUUUUUUUUUUUCAAUGUGAUAUUUACAAUGUUUAUUUUUCCCCCACUUUUUUUUUUCUUCAAAACGUCUCGUAUUAUUCUCCCUGUGUACUUCACAAUCGAUGGAAUGAAAAUAUGGCUGUAAAAACAGAUGUACAGUAUCAUUAUGACGUGAUAGGACAAAAAAAAAAAAGAAAAAAGGAUAUGAUUUAAAAAAAAAAACAAAAUCAAAAAGAGGAAGUAUCAUUUCAGCUGAAAAUGAUACAGCUCGAGUCCCACAAGCGUUUCCGUUGCAUGACUUAAAGCUACAGCGUCACUCGAAUGAGACGACAGCACUAAACCUCCAACGUUUUGGCGCUCAGACUCCUUCCUACUUAAAAAAAAUCUGCCACCAUGCUACGUUUCACUCGCACCGGUGUAGCAAAUGCCGUUUCUACAAACUGAGCAUGUCCUUUUCUUUUUUUUUUUGGCUCAGUGAAUGACACAGAACAAAAAUAGUAAUAAAAUAAAAAAACAAAAA